UAAAGCUAAAAGACGCCCCAACUUUACCGAAACUGCAUCAUGCAGUUAGACAAUGUAUGGAUCCUGCACCGAUUGUUAACCAUCUUUCAAGUGUGUGGGAUUUCAGGGCCAAAUGUCUGAGUAGUUCUAUCUCUUACUCUGGAUUCCAAGGUGUGCACCAUUUUACCUUCAAGAUGAAGGAAGGAAGGUUGAAGAUGCUGUACAAGGACUGGCCAUCAGAUAGUUACUCGGCACUGGAUAUGACGGAGAAUGUGGCCAGUCUUGAUUUUGACUAUUUGGUAAAUGCAGAAAUUAACGAAAAGGUAGUGUCAGUAAUCUCAAGCAUGGAAGCAGAUCUUCCAAAGUACUCGCAAGCAGGUCGUAUGGAGGAUGAAGACCAAAAAUGGUGGGAAACAUAUCUGAAAGGUAUUGAACGAGCGUCCAGAACGGCCCCCAUCAUACCUCGUAUUGCUGAGCUACCUAAAUUCAGUCCGGUACAGGAGACAGAGACAGAGUCAAACACACUGUCAGCCAUGAGGGAGCAUCAAAGGAAAUUGAAACAAAAAAACGGUGAUAAAGACCUCAACAAGAAGAUCAUGAAUGUAAUGUAUUACAUUGUGUAA